CAAAAUGGCGGAUUUUCGGAAAAAUGGUUCGGAGCUAAACAGGAUAUACCAAGUAUAAAUAUAAAAACAAAUUCAGUGGAUAAAUAAACAAGUAGCUGCACAGCCACAAAGUGAGCAGUUAUUAAUAAAGGAUUUGCUUUUUUAUAAAUAGUUUUAAUCGUUUUAACAUUGCGGCAUCAUCUUUUUAAAGUGAGACAUGGCAGAGGAACGCAGACAGAAGCUGUGUUCAGUGAUCCUCCCUACUGAAUCCAUGAAGGCGAUGGCGGAGUCAGUGGGUGUGGGCUCACUGCAGGAAGACAGUUGUCUGGCCCUCAGCGAAGAGGUUAGCUACAGGAUUAAAGAGAUUGCACAGGAUGCGCUAAAGUUUAUGCACCAUGGGAAAAGACGCAAACUUACGACUGGUGACAUUGACCAUGCUCUUAAACUAAAAAACGUGGAGCCACUGUAUGGAUUCCAGUCUCAAGAGUUCAUCCCGUUUCGCUUUGCAAGUGGAGGCGGCAGAGAAUUGCACUUUUAUGAAGAAAAGGAAGUGGAUCUUAGUGACAUCAUCAACACGCCCCUCCCUCGAGUUCCUCUUGAUGUUUCACUCAAAGCUCACUGGUUAAGCAUUGAUGGUGUCCAGCCUGCAAUACCAGAGAACCCACCUCCAGCCCCUAAAGAGCAGCAGAAGGCAGAGUCUACAGAGCCGCUCAAAGCUGUCAAACCUGGACAGGAAGAGGAAGGCUCUAUCCAGUCUAAGAGUCAGGGUGCAACCUCUGCUGAAGUCAAAGGAAAGGAGAAGAUGCGGAUGAAGCCACGUAGCACACACGAGCUCUCUGUGGAACAGCAACUGUACUAUAAAGAGAUCACUGAAGCUUGUGUGGGAUCUUGUGAAGCCAAAAGAGCGGAGGCGCUGCAGAGCAUAGCAACAGACCCAGGGCUGUACCAGAUGCUGCCAAGGUUUAGUACCUUCAUCUCUGAGGGCGUGCGUGUAAAUGUGGUUCAGAAUAACCUGGCUUUGCUGAUAUACUUGAUGAGGAUGGUGAAGGCUUUAAUGGACAAUCCCACACUAUAUUUAGAGAAAUAUCUCCAUGAGUUGAUCCCGGCAGUGGUGACGUGUAUUGUCAGUAAGCAGUUAUGUUUAAGGCCUGACGUGGACAAUCACUGGGCUUUGCGAGACUUUGCUGCUCGGCUGAUGGCUCAGAGCUGCAAGACAUUCAGCACAACUACCAACAACAUCCAGUCACGUAUCACAAAGACCUUUACUAAGGCAUUGUUGGAUGAUAGGACUCAGUGGACAACACGUUAUGGCUGCAUUGCCGGACUUGCUGAACUCGGGCAUGACGUGAUAAAGACAUUGAUCAUCCCUCGCCUGUCUGUAGAGGGUGCUCGUAUUAAAGCUGUGAUGGAUGGGCCAGUGGUAUCCAACAUUGAUAAGAUUGGAGCUGAUCAUGUCCAGAGUCUUUUACUUAAACAUUGUGCAAGUGUGGUUGCUAAAACUAGGCCGCUACCAGAUUUGGUGGAUCAAUACAAGACAGAUUAUGGUUAUCUGGGCACCAUGCUCUGUUCACAUGUGAUCAAAGCUCGUGCACAGGCUUCCUUCCAGGCCCAAACUGUUAACAGAACCACACUCACUAUCACACAGCCACGGCCAACUCUGUCAAUGUCUCAGAGUGGAUUGUCAACGUCAGGUGGUUCACGCACACCCAGCAUCAUUAAAGUACCCAGUUCGCUCACCCUCAUGUCCACUCGCCCUGGAACGCCCACUCAGCCGUCACCCCCAGCAACCAAGUAUAUUGUUAUGGCAACAAGUGCAGGGGCUGCAUCCACACAGCAGGUAAUCACUCUCAGCUCCUCCCAGUCUGGAUCUCCUGUCACAAGUACAGUCCCCAGCACCCCCACGUCUUUACAACCACUCGUUAAACUGGAGUCUGGAAACACAGGUGCUGUGGGUGGCUCACGCCCUCUCCAGAAAUACAUUGUGGUGUCUUUGCCUUCAUCCUCUUCCUCACUGGAGAACAAGGGCUCAGGUGUCCUUCCCUCCUCUACCUCACCCAUCAGCAUGGAGUCUACUGUCAAGCUAGAACGUUCGGAAUCACCUGCCACAAGCACACAAUCCCCACACUGAAACUCAAACUUAUUCCACCAAGAUACAGAAGAACAAUAAAUGUAGCUUGAGACUCGUCAUAGUGCUUACUGAGCACUUUUGGACAAACUGACACGUGCUUACAAUUAGAAAAGCAAGCAAAUAGCUAUGCACACUUGGAACGUAAGACUCACACACUGUGUACAUACGAUAUAUAUAUAUAUAUAUAUAUAUAUAUAUAUAUAUAUAUAUAUAUAUAUAUAUAUAUAUAUAUAUAUAUAUAAAAAAAAACAUUAACAGUGAAUAAUGUAUACACACAAAUACAUGUCUGAUUACUGUAUGUACAUUUAAACAAACAUAAUUGCUUACAUAAUUCCCAUUGUGGCUGCCAGCAUAGAGAAGCUGUAACAGUAAUAAGCACACACACGUGGCAGAAAAAUACAGGAUCGAACUUGAUUGUGAUUUGAGAUAAAAAGGUGCUGUGUGUGAAGAAAGCACAAGACUUCUGGAUUCUGUGUUAGAUCUCACAGCUUUAACAAUGUAUCAUUAAUAAACGUGAAGAUAUGGUUGUAUUUAUAAUGGGAGAAGGAAUGAUAGAUGUGCAUUUUGUGGGUAGAAAACCAACAAACAAGCAAACAAAAUGAGACAGUGGGUCCAUCACUUGUCUAUUCUACAUGUGUAUAAUUGAGCAUGUGUGCUUGACCGAAAACUGGGCAUUUAUAGGGUUUAAUGAACAAUUUAAUUGAUUUACUAUUUCAUGUUCAUUUUUUAUCUUCUAUAAUAAAGAUGGGUUUUAAAUGUG